GGCAGGGCAGGCGCGGUCUCUUCGGCUCCGAGCUGACCCUGAUCAGGGCCGAGUCGUCUCGGCGGCGCUGCCGAGACCUCCACCCAGGACAAUCCCCCUCCCCGGGCCUCUCUCCUCUUGCCUACGAGUCCCCUCUCCUCAUAGGCCUCUCGGAUCUGAUAUCGUGGGGUGAGGUGAGCAGGCCCGGGGAGGGUGGUUACCGCUGAGGAGCUGCAGUCGCUGUCAAGAUGAUAGAGGUACUGACAACAACUGACUCCCAGAAACUGCUACACCAGCUGAAUGCCCUGUUGGAACAGGAGUCUAGAUGUCAGCCAAAGGUCUGUGGUUUGAGACUAAUUGAGUCUGCACACGAUAAUGGCCUCAGAAUGACUGCAAGACUAAGGGACUUUGAAGUGAAAGAUCUUCUUAGUCUAACUCAGUUCUUUGGCUUCGACACAGAGACGUUUUCUCUAGCUGUGAAUUUACUGGACAGAUUCCUGUCUAAAAUGAAGGUAUGUUUGAAGGUACAGCCCAAGCACCUUGGGUGUGUUGGACUGAGCUGCUUCUAUUUGGCUGUAAAAUCAAUAGAAGAGGAAAGGAAUGUCCCAUUGGCAACUGACUUGAUCCGAAUAAGUCAAUAUAGGUUUACGGUUUCAGACUUGAUGAGAAUGGAAAAGAUUGUAUUGGAGAAGGUGUGUUGGAAAGUCAAAGCUACUACUGCCUUUCAAUUUCUGCAGCUGUAUUAUUCACUCCUUCAAGAGAACUUGCCGCUUGAAAGGAGAAAUAACAUUAAUUUUGAAAGACUAGAAGCUCAACUUAAGGCAUGUCAUUGCAGGAUCAUAUUUUCUAAAGCAAAGCCUUCUGUGUUGGCAUUGUCUAUCAUUGCAUUAGAGAUCCAAGCACAGAAGUGUGUAGAGUUAACAGAAGGAAUAGAAUGUCUUCAGAAACUUUCCAAGAUAAAUGGCAGAGAUUUGACCUUCUGGCAAGAGCUUGUAUCCAAGUGUUUAACUGAAUAUUCAUCAAAUAAGUGUUCCAAACCAAAUGUUCAGAAGUUGAAAUGGAUUGUUUCUGGGCGUACUGCACGGCAAUUGAAGCAUAGCUACUACAGAAUAACUCACCUUCCAACAAUUCCUGAAAUGGUCCCUUAACUGGAUUAUUACAGCACCAAAAAACUUCUCUGAAGCCUUUCUCUACAACCUUGUUCUACGGAUUCCAUAAUGUUACAAUGGAUUUAAAUGAAGCCUCAAAACAUCAUGAGAUAAGCAUGAUGGUCUCAGACUUGGGAAAACUGCCUAAUAUUAUGCUGUAGUGGAAUUAUGUUUAGAUUUGAAUUCAUCUGUGAAGCAUUCAAAUCAAAGCUAAAAGCCUAAAUGUGAAAUGCUAAUGACAAGCCUGAGAAGGUAAACUGUGAAUCUUCAUUUCUUUCAUUGAUCUAACUUUAGAUAUUGGAUCAAUAUAUUUAGGUGGUAUUAAAAAUGCUAUUGGAGGAGUCACACUAAUACUAUCAACUAUCAGUCUUCCCACAGCUUCAAUCACUCAUUAUUCUAAUCCUACUCCUACUUAAAUAUUAAAUUUUAAGUUAUGAGGUUUAUGUCAAAAGCAACAUUUCACAAAUGUACUUUUAAGGCACAAUAAGGGUUAGCAUUCUAGGCAGUAUAAACACACCCCAUAAUGCAAGUAAUAGGUAAUCUAGAGAUGUGGACUUUAUUGCUAUAUGGGAAUUACAUUUAAAUUUGAGGGCAUUUUAUAUAAAGAAAAAUACAGACCUAUAAAGUUUGGCAUAUUCAUUAAGUUAUCUUUUAAUAUUUUUUUCUAGAAAACAGGUGACAUUUGUAUCUACGAUAAAAAUUUUUAUACAGAACCUACUGCCUCAAACUGAAUCCCAUCAAGAAAACUAGUUUCUAUUGUAUUAGUAACUCAAAUUAUCACUUCGAAAACUUGCUUUCCCACACUAAGGUAAGUUCAGGCUAGAUUCAACACUCCAGAAGUUUUUUUACUAAAGACUGUUUUUAAGUUAGAAGUGAUGGCAAUUUUCCACUGAUGCCCUUACUGUGCCAAAACAAAAAUCUUAAGAAAAGCAAGUAGACACCUUCAUAACUGAAUGAAGCUGCUGAGGUAGUGUUUAGGAUCCUCCAUGUCAGUUAGUGAAUGUAAGAAGUACAGUGUUAAAGUGUUGUAAACAGUUACUCAGUGCAAUGUAUAGCCUGAGUCUAUCCAUGAUGGCUAUAACCAAUUUGACAUCACGUUACGGAUCAAUACACAAUGAAAAACCAAAGAACCACAGUAUAUCUUAUUCUUAACUUUUGUAAACCAUGUUUUAUGGGUAACUUUUUAGUUUUCCCAAAAGGCUGAUAAAUUUCAAUAUUUUGAAUACAUCAUUGUGAAUUUUGAGUUGGCAGAGGUAAACUAACCAACUACCAUUAUGUUUUAGUACUAAGGGAUAUACCUUUCAAUAAAGUUAAUGAAAUUCAA